UCCUGCGGACGCACCCGGCGCCCAGUCCACGCACGCGGCGCCGGGGCAGCUGGGAGGCUCUCCGCCCGCGUCCGCGCCAUCGAGCCCGGGGCGGCGGCGAGGGCCUUUGGUGGAUGGUUCUCCUUGCCCAGCGACUCUGCGUGCUGCCGGCGAUGGAGGGCGUGCGCUGGGCUUUUCCCUGUGGCACGUGGCUACCCAGCCGCGCCGAAUGGCUGCUAGCGGUGCGAUCGAUCCAGCCCGAGGAGAAGGAGCGCAUCGGCCAGUUCGUCUUCGCCCGGGACGCUAAGGCCGCCCUGGCUGGUCGUCUGAUGAUAAGGAAAUUAGUUGCAGAGAAAUUGAAUAUACCUUGGAAUAAUAUUCGUUUGCAAAGAACUGCAAAAGGAAAACCAGUUCUUGCAAAAGACUCAUUGAAUCCUUACCCCAAUUUCAACUUUAACAUCUCUCAUCAAGGAGACUAUGCUGUACUUGCUGCAGAAUCUGAGCUACAAGUUGGAAUUGAUAUAAUGAAGACUAGUUUUCCAGGUCGUGGUUCAAUUCCAGAAUUUUUUCAUAUUAUGAAAAGAAAGUUCACCAACAAAGAAUGGGAAACAAUCAGAAGCUUUAAGGAUGAAUGGACUCAGCUGGAUAUGUUUUAUAGGAAUUGGGCACUGAAAGAAAGCUUCAUAAAAGCAAUAGGUGUUGGAUUAGGAUUUGAAUUGCAGCGGCUUGAAUUCGAUAUAUCCCCAUUAAAUCUGGAUAUAGGCCAAGUUUAUAAAGAAACACGUUUAUUUUUGGAUGGAGAAGAAGAAAAAGAAUGGGCAUUUGAGGAAAGCAAAAUAGAUGAGCACCAUUUUGUUGCAGUAGCUCUUAGGAAACCCAAUGGAUCUAGACAUCAGAAUGUUACAUCUCAAGAUGAUUCUAAAGCAACCCAGAGGCAGUUUACUAUUCUCACCUUUAAUGAUUUAAUAUCAUCUGCAGUUCCUAUGACCCCUGAAGAUCCUUCAUUUUGGGACUGUUUUUGCUUUACAGAAGAGAUUUCAAUAAGAAAUGGUACAAAGUCAUGAUACGAUUUUCUGAGUAACAAAGGGAAGUGAAAACUGUAGUCUUCUGUAUUCACUAAAAAAAUAAAUGCCUGAGAGUAUCAAAUUUUAUUUCACAAAGCAUUUUUAAAAAGAAGAAACAACUUUUCCUAUUAAAAAGGCAGACUCUCAGAUCAAGAUAGACGACUAGAAUACAUGUUUACCUCUUCUUCCUCCCCAAAAUUACAUUGGAUUUGCUAAAAAAAAAAUAGAAUCGUAAAGUGAUAAAACGGAAUACACAAAAUAGAGAAUGUUCAAAUUCGUGUUUUUCAGAGAGAACUAUUUUAGAGGUACCUAUCCUUAAAACAUGGAGUAUCUUCCCAGAUCCUUUUCUUGGCAAAUGAUACCCUAUUAAUAUACUUACUCUUUUUUUUUUUAAUAGAAAAUACUGUAUUUAAUUUUUGUCUUGACUCUACAUCUGAGGUCCAUAAAUAUACUGGUGUAGCAUAACUUUUAGUGCUGCUUAAGUAUUCUGUUUUCCAGCUACUAUCAAGAUGCAAUUGACCAGAGAUAAUACAGUUCAACUGUAAUUGACUUAGUAACCAAGGACAUUUAUUGUGUCACAUAACAAACAAUUUAAAGUUGCCCAUUAGGGCCUUUUUUUCUUUUGCCUCCAUCUUAGCUUAUUUGUUUUGCUUUAGCCUGGUCUCCCUCAAGCGUCUAAAAGGCAGAAAAGGCUGUUUUGCCUCUCACAUCUCAGUUUUGUUAGUGAGGAAGGUUUUUUCCUCUUAAGAGCCCCCAGAAAAUUUCCACAAAGUUUCUGGUGACCCUGAUCAGAUCACUGAGAAAGCUGAACCUGACACUCUUGGCUUCUGUGGAAAGAAAACUCUUAGUAAGGAAGAAGCCUAAGGCAGAGUCUGGGGGAGUGAUACCUAGGGGAGGCCCACUGCCUGCCGUGAGGGAAGAUGUGCCACAGCUGACUGAUUCUGUCCUCUCUGCUAGGCAUUUUGAAUGUCUGCAGUUUUUACUGUAAGCAGUGGUUUAUUGAAUAUCCUUUGUAGCCACAUUUUGAAGUACAUGUUUAAUUAUGUCCAAAAGAAUUAAAUAUAUUUAGAGCCUCAGUAAGUAUUGCCAAAUUUUUCUCCAAAAAGGCUACAUAAUUAUUUCCAGUUAGUGUUAGAUGUUUGAUCAUUCUCUCACCACCCCCACCCCCCAGCAGCCUACAGACUUGGUCAUCUGUAGGUCAUCGAUAGGAUCUUUUUUAAAAAAAAAAAAUCUUUGCCAAUAUAGGUUAAAAAUGGUACCUUAUAUUUUAAAAGUGUGUUUCUUUCAUUACAAAGGUUACUAUGGCAGUGUUAUUAUUGGCUGUUUGUUUUCUUUUUGUAUGAACUGCCUGUUCAUUAUCUUAACCUGUUUUUAUUUUGGUAAAGAAGACUUAAAGUACAAACAUAAUAUGCAAGAUGCAAGACCAUCAUAUUGAUGACAGAAUCUAUUCUAUGGUUGUAGUGCAUGUCUUGGGGAGUUUGAAGUCCUACAUUAAUAAUUGUUAAAUGUCAGAAGUGAAAUAGUUUCAUUGUUUCUAUUACUAAAGUGAAAAGUUGUGUUUAAAUUGUAUAAAAUUAGGUAUUUUGCUUAAGUACAACAAAAAUUUUGAACAUUUUAUUUUUUACCUCGUUAAGCAUGCACAGAUAUUCCAAGCAUAGUAAGUAACUUGUUUUAAAAGGAUCAAGUAGCAUUUGUAGCAGAGGAAGCAUUGUUAUCCGUAGCAUGAGUGUAAUGGUGAUAUGAAAACGCUGCCGUCUGUCUUGUCAUUAUAACAUUUCUGAACUUUUAUGGAUCAGGCACCAUGCUGCGUUUCCGGGGGUGGGGCGGAGGGGUCAGUGGGUGGAGAUCUGUUGUCUUAAGGUUUCACAUAGUCAGAAUCAAAUAAAUACACAUAGUUUAGAUUCAAGUAGGUCUAUAAAAAUCUUUUUUUCUAGUAAAAAUUACCAUUUCCUUGACCACCUCCUAUUUCCUGUCCCCAGAGUGAGCUGUUUCACUGACUUUUUUGUUGUUAUUUAUUACCGUAUCUCUAAAUAGCAUGCUUAUCUUGCUUUACCUGUUUCCAGUUUGAGGCGUUUCUUUAAUUUCUAAUAUAAAACUUUGUUCUGCUGCUUCCCAGCCAUUACACUUUCCCGUCCUGCUCCCCUUUUCCCAGUGUAUGUACUUCAGUGCUUUCAUUAUUGACUGUGAUUAAGAAUGUAUGCACGAUUGAGAUUAUGUAACACUGUACAGCCAAGUGAUAUGUUACUCUUACCCUAUACUGCCUUUUUAUUUCCUUGACUUAAUAAUUAACUUUGUGUAGGUUUCUGUGUACUUACUGCUAAUUAAACCCAAAACUCUACUUUCAGACAUACCAGUUGUUUAUCACUUUCAUCCAUCUUGAAGAAGUUGCUCCUGAAGCAAUAAUCUGUGUUGUCAUUCUGAGCUUUUUGCCUUCUGUGGCUAGUGCACAGCUGUCAUCCUGGGAUCUCUUUUCACCAUCGUGCUAGGAAUUGCUUCUGUCUCCCUUAUGUUGGCAGCUCACCGGGUGGCUCAGUGGUGAAGAAUCCUCCUGCUGGUGCAGGAGAUGCAGUUCAGUCUCUGAGUCAGGAAGAUGCCCUGGAGGAGGAAAUGGCAACCCACUGCAGUGUUAUUACCAGGAUAAUCCUGUGGACAGAGGGGCACUGAGGCCAUAGUCCAAGAGUCAGGCAAAACUGGCACACACCCCUAUAUUGGGUUCCCUGAUGGCCCAUUUUCUGUGUCUCAUGUCCUAAGAUUUACUGCUUCAUUUGUGUGGAUCAUUAUCAAGUAACUUCUUGAGAACAAAGGGAGUAUAGGGAUACAUUUUUUCACAGAGUGGUAUAGGAGAUCUAAUUUCUUCUUACAGAUUAUGCCAUUCAGUUCCCCCACUAAAGCACCCUGUAUUUGGUGUCGCCAGUUUUUGAGUCUGGAGCUGGGCUGGACCACAGCACGGUUUCAUAUCCAUAUUUUGCUGAGUCCAGAAGCAUUCUUUGCAUUGUACCAUACUGCCCAGUAUUUAUAGCUUCAUUGGUUUCUGUUAAUAUUUUCCUACCUAGGAACUCUGAUGGAUUGACUUUUUAAAAUGAAUCUGUGUGUGUAUGUGUGCACAUAAACAUAUUCACGUAUCCUGUGCUCUUCAAACUCAGGAAUUGAAUAUAUUUGGAUAUAUUUUCAAUUAAAAUAUUUGUCAUCGUUACUACUAAGUAUCUGAAACUCAGAAACUAGAUUUGGGUAACUAAAUAGCCCCUCACUGACUGAAGUAUUGCCAUCUGAACUUACAGCUCAAGAGAUUUAUAUGUGUGUAUGUUUCUGUAUAUGUUUUUAUGUGUGUAUAUACAUAAAUAUAUGUAUACCUAAAUAUAUUCAUCUUUGAUCAAAAA